GGCGCCGGACGAGGACCCGCUGGCGAAGCGGCUGCUGUUCGCGGUGAUGCGGGCCCUGUUCCUGCCAGGCUUCACCGUCCACGCCGGCGCGCUCUCCGCGCCAGGGUUCACGCUGACGCCGCCCGAGGAGGACGCAGCUGUGGCGGGCCGCGCCUGCACGGGCCUCCUCGUGCAGCCCGACGCCGUGUGGGCCCCCGGCCUGGGUGCCCCCGGCGAGGUGGCCCAGAAGAACCGGAACGGGGCCUUCAUCGGCCCCCGCGUGGAGGUGCUGCGGCUGCUCCUCACGGCGCUCUGCGAGCCGCUCUACAGACCCGCGGCCGAGGCCGGCGGCUCCCCGUGGCUCAUGGUCAUGGGCGACAUGGAUGCGCCGCACGCCGCCACGCUCUUCUUCUCCUUGGUGAACGUCGUGUUUGGCUACGAGCCCGGCCGUGGCGCUCUGCCUUACGCAGGCCACCUCAGCUCGCAGCAGAAUGUGUCGAUGGUGGAGAAGGCUGCGCAGGCGCUGAUGGUGCUGCUCGACGAGCCGGCCUCCGCGGAGCAGCUGUCCGCCGAGAAGGACGGCGUCGUCGCCGAGGAGGCGGAGAGGCCUGGCGUCUACCGGCGAGUCUUGUCGUGGCUGUCCGAUCCUAAGGACUUCGAUUUCAUCUAUCAUGGAUUUGCGAGACUGCUGAACAAUUUGGUGGAUUCCGCGAACACCAUGCUGCCUUCGUCGGUGCCCAGGAUCGCCUUUUACCAGGAGAUCCUGGUGCUGCUGUGGAAGUUCCUGGAGGAGAGCGAGGCGUUUAUGGAGCACGUGCUGAGGAAGUGCGACUCCACGCAGCUCGUGGGGCCGCUGUGCUACCUGAUGCACAGCGUGCG